UCACAUUUCUCAUCACAAAGCAGCAUUUGGCAGCGAGAGGUUUGGGAGAGCAAAACCAAGCCCUCUCUCUCUCUCUCUCUCUCUUCAUCGCUUCCAUUCCUAAUUCCCAAAUCUCUCUCUCUCUCUCUCUCUCUCUUUGUCUCUGCUCGCCAUGGAUCUCACUGAGAAAUCCUCCCGUCAGUCUCUGAUCCCUAGCUUCCUCUACGGCUCCUCCUCCGCCAAAACUUUUGGGCUCGAGCAGAUGCUUCACGCCAGCCCCAGGCCCAGCGCCGCCUUCAACACGAAUGUGGAGGCAGUCUCGCAGGCCACGGGUUUGGUCAUUCCGUCUCCGACGGAGCCUUCGAAGAAGAUCGAGAUGUACUCGCCUGCCUUCUAUGCUGCUUGCACUGCAGGAGGAAUCCUCAGCUGUGGUCUCACCCACAUGGCCGUCACUCCUCUUGACCUCGUCAAGUGCAAUAUGCAGAUUGAUCCUACAAAGUACAAAAGCAUUUCUUCUGGUUUUGGAGUUCUGUUAAAGGAGCAGGGUGUUAGAGGAUUCUUCAAGGGAUGGGUGCCUACCCUCCUUGGUUACAGUGGUCAAGGUGCCUGCAAGUUCGGAUUCUAUGAGUUUUUCAAGAAGUACUACUCUGACCUUGCUGGACCAGAGUUUACUGCCAAGUACAAGACUUUGAUCUACCUUGCUGGUUCUGCAUCUGCUGAGGUGAUUGCAGAUAUUGCCCUAUGCCCCUUUGAGGCAGUGAAGGUCAGGGUACAAACUCAGCCUGGCUUUGCCAGGGGUUUGUCAGAUGGACUUCCCAAGUUUAUCAAAUCUGAAGGCGCACUUGGGUUGUACAAGGGUAUUGUUCCUCUAUGGGGUCGCCAAAUUCCAUACACAAUGAUGAAGUUUGCAUCCUUUGAGGCCAUUGUGGAGAAUAUCUAUAAAUAUGCCAUCCCUACACCUAAAGAUGAGUGCUCCAAAAGUUUGCAGCUGGGUGUGAGUUUUGCUGGUGGAUAUGUGGCUGGUGUUUUCUGUGCUAUUGUGUCUCACCCUGCUGACAAUCUUGUCUCUUUUCUCAACAAUGCCAAAGGGGCAACUGUUGGUGAUGCUGUGAAGAAGAUUGGAGUGUUGGGUCUGUUUACCCGUGGGCUUCCCCUCCGUAUUGUCAUGAUUGGAACUCUUACCGGAGCUCAGUGGGGUAUCUACGAUGCAUUCAAAGUUUUUGUUGGACUGCCGACCACCGGUGGUGUCACUCCUCCUCCGGCUGCUGCAGCUGCUGCCUCAGAGCUUGCAAAGGUCUGAACUGCUGGAUGAACUGCCAUAUUAGCUCUUUUUGUCCAAACUGAAAAAAAAUUUGUCAUAGGAAUUAAAUAAACAUAGGAUUGCUUGAAUUGCUUCCAAGCAAGUGGGGAGUAUUGUUUCUUUUGCAUCCGGAUCCUGUAUCCAAUUUUUCCAUAUUGACUAGUCUUGUUUUAUGGGGAUGGUUUUGCUCUCAUCCUCCAAAAGACAUCUUUGUAGUUAGAUCAGGUGAAUUUGAAGAUUCUUACUAGGAUUGAGGGUUCUCCCUUUUUGAGAAUAGGCAAUGAAAAUAAUGUUAGAUUGGGCU